GAAUAUGCCUGGAUCGGCCGAAGAAGGACGAGCGACGGGCCCAGCGAGGCUACGAAAGAGCAGUGUAUCAUCGAGCGGCAGUGGCGCCAGCGGAGGUGGAAGAGCCCGGUUUGACGCGAACGACCCGAACAGACCUACCGCUGGUGGAUACGCAAAUUCUCCCACGCUUGGAACGGGCUCAAGACUGGCCGACCGAAGAGGAGCUCCUGCAAAGAACAUCAUACCCCCAGACUCACCAGGCGGACCUGAACCUCCACACAAAAGCGACGAUGAUGAGGGUUUGUUCCAGCUCAAGCCUCAGCGCAAGCCGAGCAAUCAGACGGAGGACUAUCAGCAGCAAUUCUACCCGCCACCACUCGGCGCUGCACCACCGGCGAGUGGCAGCGCUGGAGCAUCAGCACAAAGCCGAAUGCACGUCCCCGACCCAGCCGGCAUCAAUCGAUUGAGUAGUACCGCCUCCACGUCCACCACGAGAGCUUCUCGAGGCUCUCCACCUCCACCAGAGACGCCGAUUGAUGCGCCUUCGUCUGGCUUGAGCGGUAUCGAAGCUCGCUAUGCCGCCUCCGGGAUCCCGGGUACUGGCACGCUGACGGAAAUGCAGGCUCAGAGUGCAGCAGCAGCCGCUAGAAGAGCACAUUACGCAGCACCGCAGCCCAGGCAAGGAACGUUGAAUGCUCAGAGAACACCAUCCCAGCCUCAGGUACAGCCUGACACGGGUGGAAGAUGGAGUCCGACAGAAUCGCCAGGCUCUGCUCCACAUGGACCGCCCAUUGCGUUUCAAGGGAAUGAAGAGGUGAACCCUACGUCGGGCGCCUCACAAGCUACAUAUCCGCGACCACCGCAGCCGACCACGAGCAACCUCGAGACUGACAUGAGCAGGAUGAAUAUGCACGAGGAGCCCCCUCCAGCUUACUCUCCACCAACAGCUGGAUCUGUGAACUCGCCGUACCCAAACGAAAAGGGCCGAUAUGGCAACAACGCAAGCCCGGCAACGUCUGCCACUGGAUCUGCUACAGACAGGCGUCGGCCGACCGAUCCGACAUUGAGAGGCCAUCCGGCCUUCGCCAACGAUCCUCCGGCUUCAUCUUCCCCUCAGCCGUCAUCUCUCGCAAAUGGCGCUCCUCCGAAUGGCUUAUCGCCCGUCAACAUCGCCGCUGCGAAUCAUUCUGCCUCGUCUCAAGCUGGCCCAGCAGGCCCAGUGAGCCCGCCACCGCUUCCGGAAGGAUGGAUUGCCCAUCUCGACAGCAACUCUGGGCAGUACUACUACAUCCAUUUGCCGACCCAAUCCACCCAAUGGGAGUUUCCAAAAGGGCCUACGCCGUUGAAUCUCGAACCGCAGAGUCCGACUGUUGGACUGGCUAGCCCGGUCGGCUCAGUCUUCAAACAACCUCUUGCCUCGCCUGGGUUUCCAGUCCAGCAAAUGGCGAAUUAUGAUCACCGGAACAGCAUGUUCUCAAUGAAUUCGAUCGCGAGCCCGACUGCCUCCGGAUUUACGGGUCCUCCACCAAGCGCUGGCAUCGACAUGUACAAGAUCUCUCCUUCCAAUGCCGUUUACUUUGGCCCCUACUUGAGAUACACGAACAUGGAUCUCGAACGAGGCCUAUGGCUCGGCAGCAUUCUGCUGAUCACAGACGCCAGCACCCAGCCGCCGACCAUCCACAUCCACCAGUCUCAGGAUCUGAGUCCGAAUCCACGCCAACUCAAGGCACACCCCAUUCACUCGCAUCAACGAUGGAUCUUUUAUCGAUACGAUGUGGAUCUCCGCAUGGAAGAUCAUGCACCAGCGAAGUGGACUUACGCCAUCACCUCGCAUCUGGGCUGCACACGCUAUGAGUUCCUGGUCGCGGGAAGGCAGGAGAAUAGUUGGCGUUUCAUUGCUCACUCGGGUAACGACUUUGCGAUCAAUGUAUCUGCGAAUGAACGAUCCAGGCUAGGAGGUCCAUCUUUGAUGUGGAAAGAUGUAUUGCUCAAACACCAAGAGUGUGGCGGUUUCCACACUCAGGUUGGACUUGGAGGACAGAUAUAUGCGGAUCGCCUGUGGAAGGACAUUCCAGCUCUAAAGCAAUGGACGCAGAUUCAUGGCAAGGAGAACAGGAAGACUGCUCAAUGGACGGCCAAGAUGGAGGAGGAUGUCACGCAUGCCUACUUUCACUACUACACAUCACACUUUGAUCAACCAGCGGUCAGAGAAGCUUUCGCCCAGAUACCUCAUGUCUGCUGCUUGGACGACCACGACAUAUUCGACGGAUACGGAUCGUAUCCAGAGUACAUGCAGGAGAGCCACAUCUUCAAGAAUUUGGGCAGGAUUGGAAUUGAGAUGUACCUUCUGUUCCAGCACCACACAACGCAUGAGAUAUUGCGCAAUGUCUCGAACGAUAUCGAUCUAUUCACAAUCACAGGCAAAGGCUGGCACUUCGUAAAGUAUCUCGGACCGAGUGUGGUCCUCGUUGGCCCAGACACUCGCAGCGAACGCGGCGAGAAGCAAGUCAUGGCCGGGCCCACUUAUCAAGGCCUGUUCCCCAAGGUGGCCACUCUUCCGCCCAGUGUGCAGCACUGUAUCUGGUUGUUGCCCGUUCCAAUCGUGUAUCCUCGACUGGAAGGUAUCGAACAAGUUGCAAGCACGGUCGCCACAGGUAAGAAAGCGGUCACUGGAGGUUUCAACAUGCUCGGCAAAGUCGCAGGUGGCGUGGCUGGUAUUGUCGGUGCGAAAGGUGUCGUUCAUUCUGGAUUUGAUGGUGUUAAGAAAGCCGUCGGCAAGUCUGGGCUCAUGCAAGGUGUGCUCAGUCCAUUCGGAGAUAUCGACAUGCUCGAUGAACUGCGCGAUUUGUGGACGCAUGAUUCGAAGGACCUUGAGCGCACGUAUAUCAUCCGUACACUGCAAGGCAUCUCACACAACAAAUCCCUGCGAAUGACGUUCCUUUCCGGCAGCGUCAAUGUUUGCGGCGCCGGUCUUGUACACGAUCCGGCGCAUCCAUCCGACCACAAGACGAUGUAUCAGCUCAUUACCUCUGCCAUCGUCAACGCGCCCUCACCCUCCUAUGUUAUCAAACUUCUCCACUCCAACAAACCCAUCUAUCUCCCACAAAACGGCCACCGCUCGAACCCGAACGCUCAAUCGGACACGAAAGAAGACAUGAUGGAGAUCUUCGCUGCGGACGUUGACGGCCGGCAGCGAGAGAACAGAAGACUGAUGGGACGGAGGAACUAUCUUGCGUGUGUGGCCUACGACCCAGAAACGGUAUCGGGCGCAUUCGCGACGCCUGGCAGUGCGGGCGGUAAGCAAGGCGAGGCCAAUGGUGGUGGAGCUGGGCGACUCAGCCUGGCGGCCGAUUUCAUGGUGCAGAAUGAGGGCGCAUUUGGGCAGCCGAUGAAGUACGGUCCCGUCAUUAUCCCGAGCUUGGAAUAUGGGAGGUGA